CGUCGUCGUGAGCAGGCUGGAAAAUCGAACGGGAAAAGUUGUGUUGUCCGCCUCCGCAUUAGAAAGAACAUGUGCGUUUUGGAUGUUUGCUCGGUUUGACUUUUGUAACUAGGGAAAUCGCUUUCCUUGGACAAAAGGAACAAUUACUAGUUUACAUAGUUUAUGUAUAAAGGGUGCGCUACUUCCUGAUUUGUUCAGAACAACAUUACUGGAUUGCGUUAUUUUAAAUUAAACUAAUCAAAGAAAGUGAAGGUGAAUGAACAGUAAUAAAGGAGAAAAGUUCCCGUGGUAUUUUCCUUAAAUUUCACUUUCGCAUGUUAGUAGCACGUAGGCACCGCAGUUCAGUCUGAGUAAAGUGAUUACUGCUCAUCAAGCUACAUACGCUUCUGCAGUUUGCUUAUCGACAUCAUCAUCCAACACUGCAAAUAGAUUCUGGUGGUUUGUUUGACUGGAUACCUGACACCGACGGUAUGCUGGUAAUGAACUGAGUUUUAUCAAACUACCCAUCAAUCUGAAACAACAAGCAACAUUGCCCUACUCGGUUGCACCUGGUUUAACUGACUCAAGGACGACUAGUCGCAUCAUCAACUGACAGAUACAGCAGCACUAACUGAUUAGCAAGAGUGUAAAGGGAGUCAACUUAUUUAUGAACUUUGCUGAAGUGCUUGAUCUUCGAAUUGUGCCAUACUAUCGAGAAGGCGAACAAGCAGGUUUUAAGGAGCGGUUCAGGUUCUAAUCUUUUAAAGCUCAAUAUCAACUGAAGCAUUAACCCAAAGACGCUGUACAAGUUUCGUCAGCAGUACGACUGGAAAAUGUCAUAUUUCGUUGGUUUAUUUUACAUUUGACAUCAGCCAGCUUUGGUUCGAGAGAGGUUAUAUCAAAUUACUCUUUCUGCCAACCACGCACAGUACCCGAAGUAACUCCCAACCGAAAUAACCUCGAGUGAAAAAAGACACGGAUGAAGCAAAAUCCAUACCUAAAUUGACAAAACGAGGCACCAUUAGAGAACUCGAAAACCACAAGCUUAACCCGAUUUUGCGGCAGAGUGAAAAGUGUAAACCGAAAACAAGACGAAUUGUGGUAGUAAAAAGUGCAUCAGUGCUUUUGGUUAGGAGAAAAACCGGGAAAAAAUCAACAAACAAAACAUACAGGGAAAUAAUUAAAUCAAGUCCAACGGUGAAAAGAAACGGACUAAAAAACCCAGUCCGACAUCAUUAUACCAACAGUAAACUGAAGAGAAGGGAUCACAACGAUGAGGAUUAGCAAGUUUCAGCGCACGACAGUCUUUAGCAUGGCAUUUGUCACUAUGGCAGUGUCCAUCGCACAGGUCAACACCGAGGACUGUGGUCAGGAGGAGUUGGUCCAAUGCACUAGACCAUUGCAAGUGCUGUCUGCCACCUCAGAACUCUCGUUUGUCACAAAAAAGGAGGAACUGGACAAACUCUGUCCUGAUCUUCACUCUGGACUACACUGUAUACGAAGCUACACACGACGCUGCAUGAACAUUCACCAGAGGGACCACUUCAACAAGCUUUACCACGGCACCAACGAGGUUAUCCACGAGCUUUGCGAAGAAGGACCGUAUCAGGAAGACUUUCUUAGACAUGCACCCUGUAUGAGACAUGUAAAAAAGGACUACGAAGUGUGUGCGGUCAGCUAUCAGAGCACCAUGGCCAAAAUCGGACAAACGGUGACCAGUAACAGUACGCCGAGACCACCCAUUCAACCGACACCAAAUGCAGCGAUGUCGCUUUCUAUGAACGACAUGCAACAUGAGCAGCAAGCUCAUCAUCGCCAGCAGCGGAACUCCACGAAAAGUGCUGAGGAUGCGGAAGAGGAGCGCCUAAAAACAGUUUGUUGCGCAUUUCAAAAAUACAUGCAGUGCUCAGAGUUUACGGUACGUCACGCUUGUGGAGAUGAAACAGCACUAUUCACACGUAAAUUCCUUGACAAGAUGUCAAACACGCUGAUGAGGAUGCACUGUGUCGAUUACACACCGGAAAGCGGAAAAUGUCGGGAUUAUUUCCGUUCACACGCGAUACGUUUCCAAUUGACCACCUUCACGUUGCUGUUCAAUAUUCUAGUAGUCACACUCGUUGCAACUGCAGGCUGCUUGCUCAACACCAGCAGACUAAUUUAAUCGGUCUUGCUCGGAGCUGAGUUAAACAAAACAAUAGUGCUUGUGCUGAGAGCAACUAACCAAACACUAUUCACAAUAGUCAUAAGUGUAGCACAAUAGUUGUGAUAGCAUCGUCAUGAGUGAACAAAGUGAUCGAAUGGAGUAGGAGCGCGCGAGUAAGAUGAAAAUUGACACGAAUAAAUGAACCAAACGAACAAUAGCAGUUUCAAAAGCAUCAAGGAUGGCUGCGUUGAUACACACUGUAUAUAAUUGUUGAAUAAUAAUUCAUUUUAAUCAGCUCCAAAAACGUAAACUGAUAACAAAUUCGAUUAGAGUUGACAUUGGUUUAUUUCCGAAAUAGUUUUAUUUUUUACAUAGAUUUUAUUUGUUAGGCCUCAAUAAUUAUGAGCUCUGAUCGUUUCAUUCGAAGUAUUUUCGUUGAAAACCCAAACUACUAAGUCAUUUAACAACAAAAAUAUAACAUGUAGCAAAUCAUAGUUCGAAAUGAAGCUUGACGUAAAUUUCAAAGCUUUAAAUAUUGAAAAUACAAUAUAUCUACAUUCGGCGAGCCUAAUUUAAAUCAUCAUUUAAUCUAUCCAUAGUUGUCUGUAUCUACUGGAAACGAGAAAAUCCAGACGAGUGGGCCAAAGCUCACAUCUGCAGGGUGUUUUUGUGCAGAGCAAGCGGAAGAAACAUGUUUCAUAUAAUCAGCUCUGUGAAUAAUGCUGAAAUGUUGAAAGCUAGCCAUUAUUAUAAUGAACAAAUUAAAGCACAUUAUAAACACUUUUUCUCCUUUUUUGACGGGUUUGAUGCGCAAAUGUAAAUAAUUAAUAAUUUUAUGAUUGAAUGAACUAAUACAGUUCGUAGUGGAAAUAGAACUCUACAUGUUGACCGGACGCAGCAUUUAAUCGGAGGUAUAUGGCCUGGUAACGAGUCAUAUUGUAAUUAGUUUAGACAAUUAAUAAAACUCCAGCAAAGGAAUACAUCACAUUAUAUGAUUUUACCCCUGUUUGCGGUCGACAAAAAGUUAUACAAUAGCCAUUUACUAGAUAUUCUCGUGUACGUCUAAAUUCAAUAAUCUGCAGGCAAACAAAUUGAUUUUCUGAACCAUGAUUCAUCGAAAUUACCUUAUGCCUCUACGCCAAUAAACCUUGUGACUAUCCAUAUUGUGAUUUCCAAAACAAAUCGAAAUGUUAUUUAAAUUAUGAGUUUGACGAAUAUAUUCUUUGGGAAAGUGAGAAAACUUUGAACUUGAAAUUCCAUUGAAUUUGGCCCAAUCAUGAUAGUUUAUUGAAUCAACAAUAAUUAAGCGAAAAGUUAUGAUUUGAUCAUAACCAAAUAUCUGGAGUGUUGAAAAUAUAUAUGAUGAAUAAUUUAAAGCAAAACUUUGCAGGCAUGCUCCCCAGAUUUUCUAGAUGACUUCCCGUCUACAAGCAUCAUUUUCUUUAUUACAUAUUAAACCAACUUUAGUUCUUUGUAUGAAAACAGAAAAAGUAUGUUCAUCAAAGAUAUAACCUCAAGAACUGAAAAAAUAACGCUUGAUUCAAACCGGUAGUGCGUAAGAUGGACUCGAGAAUUCCAAACAUCUUUGUAAAGCAAAAAAAAAUCCUAAAUACAAGUCAUAUUCAAGAAGUAAGAA